AUCCUUAAAGCUCCAUUUGCUCCCUCGCCUCGCCUCCUUCGACUCCCAGCACGCUCCCCACGCCCGCAGCCCGGCCUCGCGAGCCCUCCUGGAGCGCGUGGCGCGGCGGGAGAAGCCCGAGCCCACCGGAGGAGGAAGUGCGGUGCGCGCCCCGGCGAUGGCGGUGGAGGGGGAUGCGGGUGGCGGUGGCGGGCCCGGCGGCGCGGAGGAGGGCGUCGGGGAGAGCUCGUCCCCGCCUCGCGCACCCGCGCCCGCGCCAGCUGCCUCAGGCGGGAGCGGGGGUGGCGGCCGCGGGGCAGGAGGAGGGGUGGGAGGCCGCGACGUCUGCCGCGAGGUGUUCGAGCGCCUCGUCGCCGACGGCCACGUGGAGGCGGCGGGGGAUUCCGGCCCGGAGCUCCGCGCCCAGCUCGAGGCCCACUUCGCCCGGCUCCCCACCAGCUAUCAGCUGGAUGUGAAUGUUGACAAAGCAGAGGACGUGUUAAUCCAUCAGAAGGUUUUGGCAGAAGCAAAGGAUCCUGAUAGGCGUCCAGCAUUCGUUGUCCGUUUCCUCAGGCUUGAAGAGGUAAAUGUGGCCGAGACAACUAACUCUGAUGCACAUGAAGAAGGGGCUGACAUUGGUGAAGCUCUUUCUACCAGGUCAAAGGCAUUUACACACAUUCAUGAGAUUCUAUUCUCCACUACAGACAAACCCAAGCUCCUGAGUCAGCUGUCUGCUUUGCUUUCUGACAUUGGACUGAACAUUAGGGAGGCACAUGUGUUCUCAACAACAGAUGGUUAUUCUCUUGAUGCUUUUGUUGUUGAUGGUUGGCCCAUUGAGGAUACUGAUGGUUUGCAUAAGGCACUAGAAGCAUCAAUUUUGAGAAAUGAGGGUUCAUGGUCUGGCUCUGAUUCAUCGACUUCAGGAAAGUCAUUGCCAUUCUUAUCAGAAGAUUAUGAAUCAGAUAUUGACACAAGACUUCUGAAGAUUGGAAAGAAGGUUGCUUCUGGAUCUUGUGGGGAUAUGUUUCUUGGGACUUAUGGUGGUGAGGAGGUUGCUGUUAAAGUCCUUCAUCCUGAGAAUUUUAACCAAAAUGCAUGGAGUGAAUUUAAGCAAGAAAUCUACAUGUUAAGGGAAGUUGAUCAUCCCAAUAUUGUCCGAUUCAUUGGCUCAUGUACAAAGCCACCUCAGUUUUACAUAAUUACAGAAUGCAUGUCUAGAGGAAGUCUGUUUGAUUUCUUGCACAACGAGCAUAAUGUCUUGGACCUCCCAACAAUUCUGAAGUUCGCAUUAGAUAUAUGCAGAGGGAUGUCCUACUUGCAUCAGAAGGGCAUCAUCCACAGAGAUUUAAAGUCUGCCAACCUUUUACUGGGCAAAGACCAUGUUGUGAGAGUGGCAGAUUUUGGUCUAGCCCGUUUCCAGGAUGAAGGGGGUGCUAUGACAGCUGAAACUGGGACCUAUCGAUGGAUGGCGCCUGAGGUUAUCAAUCAUCAGCCCUACGAUAACAAAGCGGAUGUCUACAGUUUUGCUAUUGUACUUUCGGAACUCAUGACAUCCAAGAUUCCAUAUACUACCAUGAGCCCCCUCCAGGCAGCUGUUGGUGUGAGGCAGGGAUUGCGUCCACAGCUUCCAGAAAAUGCACAUCCCAGGCUACUAAUCUUGAACAAGAGAUGUUGGGAAGCCCUUCCAUCUAACCGGCCUUCCUUUGCAGAUAUCAUUACUGAACUAGAAGAUAUUCAGGCGCAAGCUCAGGAAACAUCAGGGGAGUCGAGCCAGAAACAAAAGGAUGGUGACGAGUGACCACUAAACAUUGACAUUCAGCACAUACUUGUUGGCAGUUUCACACAACUGAUUUGAUUGACUGAGUUAGGAUCCCGGCCACUAACGUUGGAGAAAGUAUAGCAAAUCAACUUUUGGUCCAGUUUUGUCUGCGCUUCUUGGGGCCAAUUUCUAGGUCCCGCUCUCAUCUCACACAGACCUAGUCCCAUUUUUCUUGCAUAGAGGAGAGGAAAUCAGCCUGAGUUUAGGGGUUGCGGCUUGACCAUGUGAAUAUCUGAAUGAGAAUCCAAUGCUGCCCAGCAUGUGAAAUUGCAAGUUUUUGUAUCUGCUUCACCCAUAUUAUUCAGGUGAAAUAGCGAAUGAAUAACUGUUCAGGAAUGCGAAAUGCUCAAAUCAGUGCGGAUUGAGGUCUUCUUGAUUA